AUGAAGUUCUCAGCCACAUUGGCUAUUGUUGGCCUUAGUGCCGUUGCUUGUGCACUCCCCGCGGAGCUUAUGCCACGGGAGGAUUGUUAUCCAGGAACCAUGGAGAAAGGGAAGCCGUAUCAUUGCGGGAACCCGAAAUUCAAAGUAAACAAAGAUGGGCAUUGCAGCAAGCCAAUCGCAGAUUUCCACGCCCCCGAGCAUAGUUGCCUAGGUUUCUGUGAAGAUACAAUCAGCGCUGAGUAUGGGCCAGAACAGCCGUUUCGAGGGGGAGCGUGCCAAAAUGGCACGACAUGCUCGGUUGCCGAGGGGGAUUCAGUAACCAUUACCAACUCGUUUACGGUUUCCGCAAGUGUAAGUCUUGGGAGAAGAGACGCAGAUGGGAAUGAAGUAGAAGAGGAAGUUAUUCUUGAGAGAGGACAGGGCCUUGUUGAGGACGGCCUUGUUAAGAGAGAUGCGGCGCCGCCAGCGUCGUCGUUCAAAGCCGGGUUCGACUUUGGAGCCAGUUACACCUGGAGCAAAUCCAUCGGCUAUACGCUGACCAACACAAAAUCCAAAACUCUUGAUGAGAAGACGUGCGGAUAUUGGACCUUUAUACCUUAUGUUAUGAAGGUCUGUGGAACAAUGUCAAGGACCAAAUUGUUUACUCCACAGGGGGGAUAUAUGACUACCACAGGAAAGCCAAUCUGUGAGGCUAGGGAUUACAAGGACGACAAGAAGUACUGCAACAAAGUACCUUACAAGGGCAGCAAUGGCAGGGCAGACGGCGUAAUCGUUUUUGUCUACGUUGACUGCAAGUCCGGGAAGGUCAAGAAAGAUGGUCAAGAUGCCGCUUAUAAGUGGCCUGGCGUUGCAGCAAACGACGACACAGUAAAAUCUGCAGCCGACAUUCUAGCCUGCCUCAUCCCUAGUAAUUGGGCAAAAUGCAAGAAACAAUCGAGGUUCUAG